AUGUGCCUCUCUCGCGAUCCCCAGUCUCAACUUUUGCUAAAACCCCCCCGGUCUGACGCAGAAGACACCACCUCCAACGCCCCCGAUGUCGCUGAGGUCGACGAGGUCGAGGUUUCUGGCGAUGCUCCAUCCAAGGGGCAAAUGUCCGUUCUUGAUGCUUUGAAGGGUGUUUUGAAGCUCGCCCUCAUGCACGAUGGCCUCGCACGCGGUCUGCGCGAAGCCUCGAAAGCCCUGGAUAGACGUCAAGCACACAUGUGCGUCUUGAACGAGGCAUGCGAGGAGGAGGCAUACAAGAAGCUGGUCGUUGCGCUGUGCUCCGAGCACAAGAUCCCCUUGAUCAAGGUUCCUGAUGGAAAGCAAUUGGGCGAGUGGGCUGGUCUCUGUGUUUUGGAUCGUGAAGGCAACGCCCGCAAGGUUGUUAACUGCUCUUGUGUCGUUGUCAAGGACUGGGGUGAGGAGUCUCAGGAGCGCUCGAUUCUUCUCAACUACUUCCAGACCGAGCAGUAA